GCAGGAGCCCUCCGCCGGGCGCCCCCUCCGCCCCCUCGCGGUGAGACGCCUCCACUCCCGGCGUCUCCCGCCCCACGCCGGUCUCCUCCCCCUGUUGAAAGCUGCCCGGGAAAGUGGUGGCGGGAGCGGGCCGGCGCCGUGUGGGCCUGGGUGCGAGUGGCGGGGCGCCGCCGGAGGAGGGGUGGCCGACAUGACCGCCCCGGGCCAGAGCCCCCUGGCGCCGCUCCUGGAGACUUUGGAAGACGCUGCCGCCUCCUGUGGGGAGCAGACGGACGCUUACCUGUCCCUGACCAGUCGUAUUACUGGAGAAGAUGGAAAAGAAGUCAUUAUAGAAAUCGAGAAAAAACUUCCUCGGUUAUGUGAAGUUUUAAAGGCUCACAUUUCCAGUCAAAACUCAGAGCUUAGUUGUGCUGCUCUACAGGCCUUGGGGUUUUGUUUAUAUAAUCCCAAAAUUACCUCAGGACUAUCAGAGAAAAAUAUUCAAGAACUGCUUUCAAAAUUGAAUGAUAAUGUUAAGAGUUCAGACAAAAAUGUACGUACGAGGGCACUUUGGGUGAUAUCCAAGCAGACGUUCCCCACUGAAGUUAUUGGCAAAGUAGUACCCAGUAUAAUUGAUUCAUUAGAAACAGUAUUUAAUAGAGGAGAGAUGCAUUCUGCUGUUGUUGAUUAUGAAGCAUUAAAUGUCAUCAUAAGGCUAAUUGAACAAGCCCCAAUUCAAAUGGGAGAAGAGUCAGUUAGGUGGGCAAAACUGGUCAUACCUUUAGUUGUUCAUUCGGCCCAAAAGGUACAUUUGCGGGGAGCGACUGCUCUAGAGAUGGGAAUGCCAUUGUUGCUUCAGAAACAACAAGAAAUAGCAUCUAUCACAGAGCAGCUUAUGACUACUAAAUUACUUGCAGAACUCCAGAAGCUAUUUAUGAGUAAAAAUGAGACAUAUGUUUUAAAAUUAUGGCCUUUGUUUGUCAAACUUCUUGGAAAGACUUUACAUCGAAGUGGGAGUUUCAUUAAUUCUCUAUUACAGCUGGAGGAACUGGGAUUUCGUAGUGGAGCACCCAUAAUUAAAAAAAUAGCUUUUAUUGCUUGGAAGAGUUUAAUAGAUAAUUUUGCGUUAAAUCCAGAAAUACUGUGUAGUGCGAAAAGAUUAAAGUUGUUAAUGCAGCCUUUGAGUUCCAUCCAUGUGCGAACAGAAGCUCUUGCUCUAACAAAACUAGAAGUCUGGUGGUAUUUACUAAUGAGACUUGGACCUCAUCUUCCUGCUAAUUUUGAACAGGUUUGUGUGCCUCUAAUUCAAAGCACAAUAAGCAUUGAUGCUAAUGCUUCACCUCAGGGCAGUUCAUCUCGACUAGCUACUUCUCCAGGCUUAAGUCCUAUGACCCCUCAACAUAAAGGUGCUUCUCCAUAUGGAGCCUCGGUAACCACCCGGAUGAACUUGAGUUCGAAUUUUGGUGUAAUGGCCACAAUCCCCUCUAUUCAACUUUUAGGACUUGAAAUGUUACUUCAUUUUCUGUUGGGUCCAGAAGUUUUAAGUUUUGCUAAGCAAAACAAACUUGUACUGAGCUUAGAGCCUCUUGAAUAUCCGUUAAUCAGCAACUCUUCUUUUUUUUCCAAAUAUGCAAAUACACUUAUCACUGCUGUUCAUGAUAGCUUUGUUGCAGUUGGAAAAGAUGCUUCUGAUGCAGUUGUCAGUGCUAUUUGGAAAGAGCUAAUUAACUUGGUCAAAUUAGUUAUUGAAUCAGGUAACAAAAAAGAGAGACCAGGUUCUGAGGUUUUGACCCUCUUAUUAAAAUCUUUGCAAACCAUAGUGAAAUCGGAAGUAUUUCCUGUAUCAAAAACACUGGUUCUCAUGGAAAUUACAAUUAAAGGACUUCCUCAGAAAGUAUUAGGUUCACCAGCAUAUCAGGUUGCUAAUAUGGAUAUUCUUAAUGGAACGCCUGCUUUAUUCUUAAUUCAAUUAAUUUUCAACAAUAAUCUCUUGGGAUAUGGUGUAGAAGAUGAAAGGUUUUUUCUUAACCUGGAGACACUUGUAGGUUGUGUUCUUUCUGGUCCAACUUCACCACUAGCUUUCAGUGACUCGGUUUUAAAUGUUAUUGAACAAAAUGCAAAACAGUUGGAAAACAAGGAGCAUCUCUGGAGAAUGUGGAGUAUUAUAGUCAUUCCAUUAACUGAGUUGAUUAAUAAGACCAAUGAAGUGAAUCAAGGUGAUGCCUUAGAACAUAAUUUUAGUGCCAUCUAUGGUGCAUUGACUCUACCAAUAAAACACAUUUUUUCAGCACAGAAAAUUUCAGAGGCCACCAUGAAGACCUUACUUAGAACUUGGUCAGAAUUAUAUAGAGCAUUUGCCCGCUGUGCUGCUUUGGUUGCAACUGCAGAAGAGAAUUUGUGCUGUGAGGAGCUUUCUUCCAAGAUAUUGGUCAGUUUGGAAGAUGAAGACUUUUCGAAUUUGUUGUUUUUGGAUAGGAUCAUUCAUGUUAUUACUGUAGUGGUUGAUUGCAUCGACUUCUCACCAUAUAAUAUUAAAAUUCAGUCCAGAGUUAAAUCACUGAAGAGAGCUUCAGAUUGGUCCAAAAAGAAGAAGGAGCCCCUUGGCAAAUUGGCUUCUUUAUUUAAACUUAUUGUGAGAGUCAUCUAUUCAUUCCAUACUCUAAGCCUCAAGGAAGCACAUUCUGAUGCUCUUCUCACUGUUGGGAACUCAAUCACCAACAUUCUCUCCAAUGUACUUGGACAUAUUUCUUUGCCUUCUAUGAUGCGAAAAAUAUUUGCAACUUUAACAAGACCUCUGGCAUUAUUUUAUGAAAACUCAAAGCUUGAUGAAGUUCCUAAAGUAUAUAGUUACAUGAACAACAAGUUAGAAAAGCUGCUCGGAGAAAUCAUUGCUUAUCUUCACUUCAACUACACCGGGACUUACGACAGUGAACUUCUUGAACACAUUUCCCCAUUAUUAUGCAUAAUAUUUCUGCACAAGAAUAAGCAGAUUCGAAAGCAGAGUGCUCAGUUCUGGAAUGCUACGUUUGCUAAAGUGACGACGUUGAUUUAUCCCGAAGAGUUAAAACCUAUACUAAGACAAGCCAAAGAAAAAUUUCUGCUUCUAUUGCCUGGUUUGGAAAAUGUUGAAAUUAUGGAGGAAUCCAGUGGACCAUAUUCGGAUGCAACAGAAAAUUCCCAAUUAAAUAUGAAGAUAAGUGGCAUGGAAAGAAAAUCAAGUGGAAAAAGAGAUUCUUUUUUGGCACAACCAAAGGUUACAAAAGAAAAUAUUAAGUCACCAGCCAAAUUCAAACUAGAAUCUUCAUCACCCAAAAUGAGUGGAAUGCCUUUGGAAGAAGAAAAGUCUACUGAAUUUGUGUUUAUACCUCCAGAAGGAAAAGAAGCAAAGGAAAGAAUACUAACUGAACAUCAGAAAGAAGUACUCAAAACAAAGAGGUGUGAUAUUCCUGCCAUGUAUAAUAAUCUGGAUGUUUCACAAGAUGCAUUAUUUUCUCAAUAUAGUCAGGAAGAGUCUAUGGAAGUUCCUAGAUUAGCUGAAAAAUCGAAGGAAGAUUCCAAGAUGGCAUUUAAGGAGGAACUAACGAAGAGUGACAUUACACAAGAUGUUACGGGAAAGUGUGGUAUGGAAGAACAUCUUGAAAAGACUUCUCUUUCAAAUAAUGAAUGUAGUUCUAUUGAGGAAAGCCAUCUUGGAAUACUGAGCAGUAAUAAUAAUAAUAAUGCCCCAAAAAACCCUUUAAUUUCAUCAAAGAAAAUUUCAAAUGAAUGUGCAUCUAGUGCAGAAAACACUUUUGGUGUUAGCAGUAGCACAGUUUCUAAUAUCACCAAUUCUGGAACACCCACACAGCCUACAAGUCGAAGGCAAACCUUUAUUACUUUGGAGAAGUUUGAUGGUUCAGAAAAUAGACCUUUUAGUCCAUCCCCCUUGAACAAUAUGUCAUCAGCUAUUACAGUGAAAAAUAGUCAGGAAGGCAUGGCUAAAACAGGUAUUCCACCAAAAGCAAAGAGAAAAGAAGUGGCUCUUUCAAAAUCUGACUCUGAAAAAAUAGUGCAUGGAAAUAAGCGGUCAGGCCUAAGGUCAAGUAAAGCUGAUCAAACAGGGAAUAAAAGUUCUAAGCUCUUAAUGACAUCUGAUCAGAAGAAAAAUACUCAGGAAUCUAUUGAUAGCAUGGUAGCCUUAGAAAAUAACCAAGCUGGUUUGCUUAAUCAAACAGAAUGUGUGUUAGAUAAUCGGGCUCAUCUCUCUGAAUCUGCAGUGGAACGAGAGGAUACAAUGCUUAAACCAACAACAGAAAAUGCUUUAGUAGAGAACAGUACUGCAGAGGAGAAAACCUUAGUAACAAAUUUGGAAUCCAAAGAAAAUACACCUCCGGCCAUAGUACCAGCAGAUCAAAUGGUAAAUGAGGAUAGUCAUGUUCAGAUUGCUCCAAAUCAGAAAACCCUUAGACGUUCUUUAAGGCGACGUUCAGAAAUAACAGAGCCUAUCACUGAUAGCCAAGAUAAAGAAAAUAAUCUUCAAAAAAAGGAAAGACAUAAGGAAGAAGAAAAGACUCUUCAGAAAAGUCAGUUACAUGUAAAAGAUGAUAUGCUACCUAAGCAGAAACUGAUUUCUGAACAGACUGUACAGGAAAAUUUAAUUGAGAAAGAUAUUUCACAUGAGAAGACUUUAGGGGAAACCAGCACUAAUACUGUAAUUGAAAAAAAUAGAAGAAAGUCAGACCUUGAGAAUAGUAAAUCUGAGGGAGAUGCUAGCCAGGACAUUGCAGAUAAGUCCUCCGAGAAGCAAGUAAGGGGACGGACACGGUAUCAAACAAGGAGAGCAUCCCAGUGUUUGCUUUCCAACAUUGAAAACUCUGAAUCUGAUAAUUCUGAGGCAAAGGAGGAAAGUUCUAGAAAGAAGAGAUCUGGAAAAUGGAAAAACAAAAACAGUGACAGUGUUGACAUUGAAGAUCAAGAAGAGAAAAUGGAAAAACAGGAAUGUCUGCAAGUUGAAAGUCAGAUAUAUGAUCAUAAAGCAAAUUCAGAAAUGGACAUAAACAUGAAAUCUCAGAUUUGUGAAAACAAAGGUGAAAAUACUGUAGCUCUCCAAAAUUCUACAGUAUCUUCAGAUUUUGGGCUAGUUUGUGAUAUAUCAAAUACUUAUGAAGAAAAAAGUAAAACUAAUAAAUGUGCAGAUGAUUCCUUUUCAAAUUCUUCUGUAUCAGAAUUAAAUCUAAGGACUAGAAAUGCCAAUAAGAGGUUACAUAAGCGAGAUUCCAUAGAAAAUAACAAUGUGGAAGAAGGGUCAAAAAUAGGGACAUCAGACAUUUCUUUGCCUUCUGAAAAAACAUUUCAAACACCUGAAUGCCGACACAAGAGAAGUAGGAGAGUAAGGAGAUCUAAGGGUUGUGAUUGCUGUGGAGAAAAGUCACAAUCUCAAGAAAAGUCACCCCUUGGGUUGACAAAUACAGAAAAUUACAAUGUCAAGGUCAGUGAAACAAAAGAGAUAGAUGUGCCAGCUCCUGUAACUAUAUCAGAGACUACUACAGCUAAUAAUAACCCUGAGGCUAAACUUCCAGAUGAGUGUCAUAAUGUGAAUUUUCACUUGGGUCUCAAGGAGGAGAACGAUUCUAUUGAUUCAUUAAUUGUACCUGAAACUGAGUUGAAAGAAAGGGAUAUUCAAGACUCUCUUCCUUCUGAAAUAGUAAAUUUUAAAGAAGAAAUGUGUGAUACAGAUUUUACGGAAGCAAUUUCGAUUGAAAGCCAAGAGUCAUCCAAUAAAAAAUGUAAGACUGUUGGCCCAUGUUUAGGUGAUUCCAAAGAUAUUUCACUGGAAUGUUCUAGUUUGGAGACCAAAGAAGAAAAGCCAGAGGCUAUACUAAAAAUGGAAAUAAGUACAGAGAACAUGGUUAAUGUUGAAGCAGAUGCAUACAAAGUAAAAGCAGAAUUCAGUCUAGAAGUAGAAGCUAUGGAAUUGGAUGUAGAGUGUGAUAAAUCUGAAGCAAGCUUCUCUGAACAAAAGAGUGCCAAAACUGAUAUUUUUGAGGAAGAGGCAACGGAGAAAAACAGUACAAGAAGUGAUGAAUCUGAAGCAGAUGCAGCUAAAGUACUGAUUGCUGAAGAAGCAGUAACUGAGGAAUUUAAUUCAGCUAUUGGUCAUCCUGAUAAUACCACACCUGUAGAAGUAAGACCUCAGUUAGAAAUUUCUGAACAAACAGUAGUUGGUGGACUAGAUGGAGGGAAUGAUGAAUCUGUUCCAGGCUCAUCUGAAGAAAUGAAUGCUGAAAUGGAAAAUUAUGAAGAAAGGGUAAUUGGUGAAGUGAAGGCUGAAACCGACCAUGUCAGUGAAACAGAGGAUGAGGACUUGAUUACCAAAGCAUCAAGGUCCAUAGAAGCUGAAACAAACAGAUUGAAUAUAGAAAUUGGCAACAUUUCCCCUAACACACUUAAGGUGAACACUGAAGAAGGAAACGUUAACUCUAAUAAAACAGAAACAAGCAUUGUACUUAAUAAACCAGAAGAAGUAAAAUUAGAUGACAAUCAAAUGAAAAUGGAAAGUGAUACUGAAACUUUACAGGAAGCUCACCAUACUUCAGAGAAAGUGAAGGAAACAUCACAGUCUCUGAUGUCUGAAAGAGAGACCUCUGAACUGAUAACAGAAGACAAUAAUACAUCUCCUCAAAAAUUAAGUGAAUUUGAUCCUUUACUUCUGUCAGCUAUUGAGAGUCCUAGUGGCAUGCAAGCUCGCUGUAUCUGGUCUCCUUUGGCUUCUCCAUCCAGUAGCAUUUUAAAAAGAGGAUUAAAAAGACCUCAAGAAGAUGAGAUCUCACCACCUGUUCACAAGGUUCGCCGAGUCUCCUUUGCAGAUCCAAUAUAUCAAGCAGGAUUGGCAGAUGACAUUGAUAGGCGAUGUUCUCUUGUUAGAGCCCAUUCUUCAACUAGUUCUCCCAUGGUAAAAAGUGUUAAAACUUCACCUACUGCACAAUCUAAGCAUAAUACCACUUCAAGCAAAGGAUUUCUGUUUCCAGGAUCACGUAGCCCUAAAUUUAAGAGCUCAAAGAAAUGUUUAAUUGCAGAAAUGGCUAAAGAAUCCAUACCAUGCCCAACAGAAAGUGUUUACCCAGCUUUGGUAAACUGUAUGGCACCAGUUGAUAUUAUUUUACCCCAGAUUACUUCAAAUAUUUGGGCAAGAGGACUGGGACAACUCAUUAGAGCCAAGAAUAUAAGAACAAUUGGUGAUUUGAGUACUCUUACAGCAUCUGAAAUUAAAACUCUUCCUAUCCGUUCUCCAAAAGUGUCCAAUGUAAAAAAGGCUCUCAGAGUAUAUCAUGAGCAACAGGUGAAGUCUCGUGGACUAGAAGAAAUUCCAGUUUUUGAUAUUUCUGAAAAAACAAUAAAUGGAACAGAAAAACCUCUGUCUGCUGAUGAAGAAGGACUUGCCUCAGAUUUAGUUGAUCCUAUUGCUUUAGAAACUCCAUUAUCUAAAAAUCUUGUGGCACAGAUCAGUGCCCUUGCUCUUCAGCUGGAUUCAGAGGAUCUCCAUAAUUAUUCAGGAAGCCAACUAUUUGAAAUGCACGAGAAACUUGGUAGCAUGGCAAACUCUAUAAUGAAAAAUCUGCAGUCACGUUGGAGAUCACCAACUCAUGAUAAUUCUGUUUAGUAUUUUAAGACAAAGUUGAAACUUUUAAAAUUUCCUCUGAGUUUGUUAUUCCAUAAAAUAAGUUCUGAAAUAUGGCACAAUUUCACACUGAAUGUUUUCAAAAUUGGUAACAUUUCAGAACCUGAAGGGCAAUGACUUAUGUAAGUUCAGUUUUGUAAGUUCAUUAUGUAAGAUGAUUUUUUUGAUACUAUGUAUUUUGGCUGCUAUGCAUAAUUUUUUCAAAAUUUUAAAUUGAAAUGUGAAAGCAAAAACUAGCAACAAGCAGACAUUUAUUUCACUUAAACUCAUGCAUAUUCUGAUUAAACAUUUUAUGAAAAAUAUCUUAUUUGAAGUAAAAUUGAAAUUUCUUACUUGGAUUUUUUGCUGAACUGAUACUUGAUUUUUUAAAAAAUUGAUAUUUGUUGUGCUAAGGUUUAAGAAAUUUGGUCUUGGUAAAAAUAUACUAUAUGUGGGAUGUAAAAGAAUUAGAAUGUUUUUCACUGAUUUUAACUAUGGAUAACUUUUAAGAAAAUCCAAAAGUUUCAGGUUUUGGGUUAAAGCAGACUUCACUAAAAUGCACACCAUUCAUUUAUUUGCAUUAGCAAAUAUUUGUACAACAGCAUCUGCCUGUGAAAAUUUACUCUUUGGGGAUAUAGUAUUCAUUUAAAAAUGCAUGACUACUUGUACAUUAUGUAUAGAUUACAAUGUUUUUAAUUUAUAAAUUUCAGCUUUCGUUAA